AUGAUUUGUCAUGGAGUUUGUUCUAAUAAAUCAUUCUCUGUCUCACGGCAGCACGCCCACCUCCCUCGCCGUGGCCUUGCUUCUCUCCUGUGGCUGGGGUGGGGAGCGCCCGGGGCCUCCCAGUUUGACCCCCACCAAGGCCAAACAGCUCAAACAUUGCCGCCAGGGGGCGCGCUCGGCCAGGCAGUGUCCUGCGGGGCCGCAGUCAGAGGUGCCCAGGUGCCGUCCUUAAAGUGCCCGCAUACUGUGCAACGGCAGGCAGAGGGGGCCCUGGGUACCCCUGUUCUUUCUCUCCCAGUACCUGCCUCCCUGGGUGCCCCUGUUCUUUCUCCCCCGGCACCUGCCCCCCUGGGUGCCCCUGUUCCUUCUCCCCCAGCACCUGCCUCCCUGGGUGCCCCUGUUCUUUCUCCCCUGGAACCUGCCCCCUGGGUGCCCCUGUUCUUUCUCCCCCAGCACCUGCCUCCCUGGGUGCCCCUGUUCUUUCUCUCCCAGUACCUGCCUCCCUGGGUGCCCCUGUUCUUUCUCCCCCGGCACCUGCCUCACUGGGUGCCCCUGUUCUUUCUCCCCCGGCACCUGCCCCCUGGGUGCCCCUGUUCUUUCUCCCCCAGACCUGCCCCCCUGGGUGCCCCUGUUCCUUCUCCCCCAGCACCUGCCCCCCUGGGUGCCCCUGUUCUUUCUCCCCCAGCACCUGCCCCCUGGGUGCCCCUGUUCUUUCUCCCCCGGCACCUGCCCCCCUGGGUGCCCCUGUUCUUUCUCCCCUGGCACCUGCCCCCCUGGGUGCCCCUGUUCUUUCUCCCCCGGCACCUGCCCCCCUGGGUGCCCCUGUUCUUUCUCCCCCAGCACCUGCCCCCCUGGAGACUGCAUCGAGUACCCUGGGCACACGUGGGCGAGUCAGACCGAGUGAGUGACAUCGGCCUCAGCCUGCAGGGCCUGCAGUGGCCUGAUCCCAACUGUCCUGCUCUUGUCCAGGCUGGCCGGCCAAUCAGGAGCCCGGAGACAGGCCGGGCAGCCCCACGGGCGGGCUGGGGGCAGCUGAGGGUCCUGGCUGCUGCUGGGCCUGUAGUCUCAGGCCGUGGGCUGGGGACUCCUACACCCCUUGCCCAAGGCUAGACAGCAGGAAAAGCAGGGCGUGGGGGCCAGCGUCCGCGGCCGAGCACUGGUUCCAGUCCCGGCUGCUCUGCCUCGGAUCCAGCUCUGCCGUGGCCUGGGAGGGCAGUGGAAGACGGCCCAGGUGCUUGGGCCCUGCACCCCUGUGGGAGCCCCAGAUGGAGCUCCAGGCCCUUGGCUGAAGCUUGGCCCAGCCUCUGUCAUUGUGGCCAUUUGGGAACGGGAGCUCUCUCUCUCUCUCUCUGUCACUCGCUCUCUCUCUCUGGCUUUCAAAUAAAUGAAUCUUUUGAAGAAGAAAAAGGAUGUAUACUGUCUGCCUGGUAGCACUGAGGCCGGGCCAGGUGGGUGUGGCUACUCCUGUGCC